CCCUGCGUUCUGUCGGAGGGUCUUGUGAAUGGAGGGGGCGCCUUGAAACCGGUGGAAUCUGCACGGAGUGAGGAGAGCGAGCCUCUGGACUUCCAACCGCUCAGCAUGUGAACCGACGCUCUGUGUGAAGUCAAGUCGAAAAACGAUGGAAAUAUAGGACUUUUUAAGUUUUAAACGUUUCUUAUUUUGCGCCAAACUAACAACGCUCAAGUGUUAGACGUCCUGGAGUAACUUGGGUUUGCAUUGCUUUAAGAAAAUGGGACUUUAAGUGUUAUUUUCACCGGGUCGGGAGUGAGAGUGGGCUGCUUGGAGUCACUUACAAAGACCAUCAAGAAGUCAUGACACGACGAACGUUUCAUUUGGAUUUAUCUUCAUAAAACACGAGGAAAAGACGACUGGGACAAUUUCGACUCGAAAUACUCGGACUACAAGAUAAGUGCUGCGACAAUUAAUGUAGCUUUUCUUUGCUUUUUAACCGUUUUCAAGUCGCCCUACUUGGAUCAAAGUUUUUCCUUCCCUCCCCCCUCCUCCUCAACUAUGGCGGCGGCCAGGUCCACCACUGGCUCCGUGUUGCUGCGGAUCAUGUGGCUUGUGUGCGGGCUCUCUUUCUCAUUUACUUCUGCUCAACAUUACAACAGUGAGAGUGGAAUAUCUGUACCAGAACACGGGUUCUGCCAGCCCAUCUCCAUCCCGCUCUGCACAGACAUCGCCUACAACCAGACCAUUAUGCCGAACCUCCUGGGCCACACGAACCAGGAGGACGCCGGACUGGAGGUGCACCAGUUCUACCCCCUGGUUAAGGUCCAGUGCUCUGCGGAACUUAAGUUCUUCCUCUGCUCCAUGUAUGCACCAGUCUGCACAGUGCUGGAGCAGGCCAUCCCCCCAUGUCGGUCCCUGUGUGAGCGUGCACGACAAGGAUGUGAAGCCCUCAUGAAUAAAUUCGGCUUCCAGUGGCCGGAGCGCCUCCGCUGCGAGGCUUUCCCCGUCCACGGAGCAGGCGAGAUCUGCGUGGGCCAGAAUACAUCCGAACCCAGCAGCCCGGCCUCCUCGUCUUCCCCCAAUGCACCCAAUUAUGUGACCCCUCCCCCAAAUGUUGCCCGACCCAACCAACGCCCGCCGCAUCACAACCAGUACCACCAGUUCUCCUGCCCUCUGCAGCUGGAGGUGCCAACUUACCUGGGCUACCGCUUCAUGGGGGUCAAUGACUGCGGAGCCCCAUGUGAGCCCACUAAACCCACCGGCAUCAUGUAUUUCCGAGAGGAUGAGGUGAAAUUCGGCCGGCUGUGGGUUGGGAUCUGGUCCAUCCUGUGCUGUGUGAGCACCUUAUUCACAGUGCUCACCUAUCUAGUGGACAUGAGGCGGUUCAGGUACCCCGAGAGGCCCAUCAUCUUCUUAUCUGGGUGUUACUUCAUGGUGGCUGUAGCUUAUGCUGCUGGAUUUUUCCUGGAGGACAAAGUUGUUUGUGCUCAGUUAAAGGAGGAAGGCUACAGGACAGUGGUUCAGGGGACUAAAAAGGAGGGGUGCACCAUCCUCUUCAUGGUGUUGUACUUUUUUGGUAUGGCCAGCUCCAUCUGGUGGGUGAUUUUGUCCCUGACGUGGUUCCUCUCCGCCGGGAUGAAAUGGGGCCAUGAGGCAAUCGAAGCCAACUCCCAGUACUUCCACCUGGCCGCAUGGGCUGUCCCGGCCAUCAAAACCAUCACCAUCCUCGCCAUGGGCCAGGUGGAUGGCGACGUCCUGACCGGGGUGUGUUUCGUGGGCAUCUUCAACGUGGACGCCCUCCGCGGCUUCGUCCUGGCUCCGCUGUUUGUCUACCUGUUCAUCGGCACGUCCUUCCUCCUGGCCGGCUUUGUGUCCCUCUUUCGGAUCCGCACCAUCAUGAAGCACGACGGCACCAAGACGGAGAAGCUGGAGAAGCUGAUGGUGCGGAUCGGUGUGUUCAGUGUGCUUUACACGGUACCGGCCACCAUAGUGAUCGCCUGUUACUUCUACGAGCAGGCCUUCAGGGAGCACUGGCAGCUGACCUGGCACAUGCAGACCUGUAAGCGCUUCGCAGUGCCCUGCCCGGUCCACAACUUCGCCCCCAUGACCCCCGACUUCACCGUGUUUAUGAUCAAGUACCUGAUGACCAUGAUAGUCGGGAUCACCUCGGGUUUCUGGGUCUGGUCCGGGAAGACUCUUCAAUCAUGGCGGCGGUUCUACAAGCGCCUUAGCAACGGUAACCAUGGAGAGACAACGGUGUAAAGUUUCAAGGAAGAGAAGUUACAAAGCCACGGAGUUUUGGAUAUUACAACCAUGUACAUGAGGUCAAAUAGCUUUCAUUUUUAAUACUAUUUUUGGACAUAUUUUUUGAUGUGUUUUCUGGUUGUGACAGCAGUUCAGGCUUUUGGAUACACAACCAAACUGAUCUAUAUUCAAUAGAAGUCGGAUGAAUUUUUUGAUAUAUUUCAGUUUUUUUGUCAUCAUCAGACAGCUCACACUACUGGCCUUUUGCAUCUUUGGAUUAUUAACUGGUGAAAAUUGCCAUACUGGUCCCUGGACUGCUAUGCCAGAUUGCUGAGGUUACCUUUUAAUAUAAAAACUUCCUACAUAUUAUUGUUUAUAUCCCUAAUAUCUCAAAUUGAAUGUACUUCCCGUCUACCCUGAUGAGAGCUUGUCAGUGGAAAACACCAUAACAGAAAAGACUGUUGGGUCAAGCAGUGUGGCCUUCUGUCCACGCUGCAACAAAGGGGUCAGAGGUUUGAUUCCUUCAGCCGCCACACCCUCUGACUGUGAAUUCAUACAUUAGAGAUGCCUGCAUUAUACAUGUAAAUUUUAAGUUACUCUGCUUUUAGCUAAAGACUGAAAUGCUUUCUUAUGUGUGUUAGAUAUUGCAGAGUACAAUCUCGCCUGUUUUCAUCAAAAAGAAAGUCCAUAAACAUGUGACUCCAUGCCAUUAUGUGCCAAGUGGCUGCCCAGAAAUCAAAACUUUAAUUUUUAAACUUUAUUUUUCACUUUUACUGUUGAGUAUUUGCUCCUGUAAUUGAAUGUUCACUCCGAAGGUGAUUGAAGUUAUGUAUUGGUUUGCACAGCUAGUGUAAAGGUUAAUAGUGUUAAAAAUGACUGAGUCACCACAGGAUGACCUGGAUCUAACAGUUAAGGAGACCACACACACACACACACACACACAUACACACAUGUGCCUCCUCUCUGCAGUGAAGACACAACAGCUCAUUGUUUGUCUCCGUGUGUGGUCUCUCAACUGUAGGACCCCCCCCCCCCCCAAUCAAAAAGACUUCUAAGCUUUUAAGACAUCCAAAGCACCAUUUCAAGGAUCCAGAUUUAAUCCAUACCGGGUGGAAAUGGUUGCUCAGGAUUUUUGAUGUUAUUUUAUCCUGGAUAAUGAUGACUGUACACAUUCACGCAUGUACUCUUCACAGUGUAACUGAACCUGCCUUAAAUGUUACGUGGUUUCACUAGAGGACGAACAUUUUUGACUUUUUAAUCAUUCAUUAUUUUAGUCUCUGGGAUACCUUGUGGGACCCUUCAAAACACAGUAAAAACUGCAUUUAUUUUCUCUGUGUGUAGAAACAGGACUUAUGUUUAAUGUUCUAAAUUAUGGCAAUAUCAGGAAGGUCAAAAGUCAACCUUAGAUUAUUUUUUUUUGGGUAGAGAGCAAUGGAGAAACACUGCAGUGUUUAGCAAAGGUGGAGUGUUUUAUCUGGGACCAAAUCACUGGAGACAUUACAGCAAUUUAUUUUUUAACUGUCAACUAAAUGUGCCUAUCAUUAAAAUAUAACAAUACAGGGAGCAUUUCAGUAUUGAGGCCGUUCAUUUAUUUUCAGAAACUGAAGUCGUUUUUGAAAUUUUAGUGACAACUUAACACUCAAAUUCAAGUGAGAAAACACUAAAAUCAGAGCAAAAAUGGCCAACUUAAACAUUAGUGAAUACAUUAUUGAUAACAAUAGCAUCAACGUAAAAUGGCAACCAGUGAUUUAGUCCCACUAGUAAUCCUGUGCUGCAUGCAGAACGCUGUCUUGAACUAAAGCAACAAACCACAGUUUAUUUCUCUUGACUAUAUAAUACAAUCAGUAGGAGAUCUUGCGGGGAAAUCUGAGCAGGAAAGCGUGUUGUUAUCCCGACUGAGUCAGCUGCAAGGCAUCAUAUGUUCGACAGAAGAUUUUGUUUCCUGUCACAGAGCACAUUUUCCCUCCAUACAUCACAUGUAAAUGAAAAUGGUAACACCCUGCAGAAAUGCAGGUAAACUCACAUUAUGGCCUUAUAGACCUGGUAUUCUACUUUUUUUAAAUCUCUUAAGAUGUGUCCUGGAUCCACACAUACUUAUUGUAGAAAAUACACGCUAAGCGCACCAAUCUUCAUAGUAUACUGUUAAAGCAGUUUAUUUACGAGAAGUGUCACAUUUCCUGUGUAAAUGUACCACAUACCUCAAACCCUUGUUGAAAUGAGUACGUUGGAUUGAAUUAGGAAACAGGUCAACACUCCACAAAACAUCUUGUGUCCAUGUUUAAACCUAACAAGGCAAAAGUAUUCUGUGUAAUUGCCUUCAGGCAGCUGAGAUCUGCCAGCGUCAAUGACACCAGACUGAUUUGUUUGUCUUGUACGAAGGUUUCAGAAGGAUUAUGAGUGUGGGUUUUUUUUUUGUUACUGGGGCAUAAGCAACCUACCAAGUACACACAUACUCUGUUUUGUAAAGGCAUUAUGUAUUUAUGGGGAUACUCAUUUUGUCUUUUUUACUUGUUUUUUUUUCUAAUGAGAUAAGCCUGUUGUAUGUGUACAGUUUGAAUAAAAUCGCUAAGAUUUGUAAUGCA